AUGAAAGAGCUAAUCGACGGCACUCCGGUCUCCGUCGAGCUUCAUCCUACAAGAAACCAGUGUCAGUGUGUAGUUUCCUGUCGUGAGGUCGCGGAUCUCGACGAAAUCGAUAUCUGCAAAGCUCUUCAAGACCAAAAUGUGACCAAGGUUCAUCGCUUCACUAGGAAGGUCGAAGGUAAAACUGUCCCCACGCAUACGAUGGUGCUCACUAUCCGAGAUACAGUUCCCCCGAAUUACGUCUGGUUUGGCUACCUACGUGUUGCUACCAGGCCUUACUACCCUCGUCCCAUGCAGUGCUUUCUGUGUGGGAAGUUUGGUCACACCAAAGUUCGAUGCCCCAAUCAACCCAUCUGCCCAACCUGUGGCGAAAACGAAAUCCACCAAAAGUGUCCGAAUCCCGCCCACUGUGUCAACUGCCUAGGCGACCAUCCUACUAUCAACCGGGAAUGUCCCAACUUCCAACACGAACAGAACAUCAUCCGCCUACGUGUGGACCUGGGUAUUUCCCAUCCCGAUGCUGUCAAGCAGUAUCGAUCCCGCCUUAAUGCAGCCACCAACUCAAAACUCCAGCUUCGCCUCGAUAACGCCAAAUCGACAACCCCUGCCGAAGAAACCAGGAUCAAAUCACUCGAGAAGCAGAUUGCUAUCCUCCUCGAGAAAAACGCCCAACUCCAAGCCCGAAUCCUCGAGAUCGAGAAGCGAAACAGCAUCAGCGAAGACUCGGACACCACUCUAACCGACACCAACAGCGAAGCUUCGAUGGACAUCGAAGACCACUCCCCAAGCGUCAACUCUACCCCAAAGCGUGGCCGAGGCUCUGAAUCCCCCGACCAAACUUCACCAGUGAGAAAUACCAAAACCAGAAAAUCUACUCAACCCAACCCCCCGAGGUACGACACCAAAACCAGUUCUCGCACCCCCCCAGGUAUCGAUCAUAGCCGCCCCAUCCCUCCCUCAACCAAAGGGUAA